ACGAUUUUAGGAAUCUAGGAAAAAAAUCAAAUUUACAAUAUAUCACAUCAGACCGCCUGACUAUGCGCGGUUAAACGCGCGAAAUUAACCUCGUUUAUUUACUAACACAAGUUCUGUCUCCCCACUCUGCAGAUAAUUGUUCGCAGUUUUGCUCAUAGCUCUGCCUACGGAUAACCAAGGUUUCAAACUGUAUAGUGCGAAUUUGAACGUUGGCACGUGUUUAUGUUCAGAGUAUCUAUUAGUUUUAUUCUUUUUUAUGUGUUUAUCAGUGUUUAAUAAAUAAUUUUAACGAAAACUAAAAUGUCACAUUCUAAAAAAAAUACAAACGAGGAUGUGAACGUAAAAACAGGUCGUAGGAUUCAAAAUAUCAUCAGCUCAAAAACUGCACAAUCCCCAAUACGUCGUAGUUCUCGAGUGAAAUCUCUUAUUAAACAAAAUAAAUCACCACCUGAAACAUCUGUAGAAGAUGUUGGUAACAUUAGCAGUACUCACACAACAAAAAAUACCAGACGUCAAAUAGAUUUUGCAGAUAAUUCUACUAUGACCGAGAAGAAUAAAACUUUACGUUCUAGAAGAAAUUCAGUUAUGUCAGAUACAAUUGACAUGUCAGAUACAGAAACUGCUAUUGUUACUUCAGGAAAGAGAAAUAGAAACAUUUUUGAUAAUGAAGAAUUAAAUAAGACUGAUUUUCAAACUAGUAAACGAUUUACAAGGGCUGGCUCUGAAACUAUGUUGUCACCAGUAACAACAAGACCCACAUAUAGAACAAGAGCUAAUUCUGUGGACUCCGAAGCUACAAUAACUAAUCUUAUAGAAACAAAUAAUAGUGGUUCAGUGAACGCACCUGUACAUUCAAGAAAACGAAAUUUAAUAUUAUCUUUGAAAACACCCAUGUUAGAAGAAACAAGGACACCUGUAGUAACAUUGGAUUACAUAUUACCCAGUGUCAAAGAAAUUAAUGAAACAAAUUUGAAAAAUCCAACUGUUGACCAAACUAAUAAAUCUGAGUCCAUUUCAAAGGAUCUGUUUCAUUCCAGUUCUAAAAAUGCAUCUAAAGAAGCAACAGAAACCGAUUUAAGUGAUUUGGAAAAUCCAACUAUUGACCAAACUAAUAAAUCUGAGUCUGGUUCAAAGGAUCCAUUUAAUUGUAACUCCGAAAAUGCAUCCAAAGAAGCAACAGAAACUGAUUUAAGUGAGUAA